GUCCUUUGGAGAACCAGUGGAUUUCACAGUGAUUCCCAUCCACCACUCGGAUAUACAGAGUUGAAGUUUUGACACAAGCUCUUCUAAGUAGGCCUGUCAGAGUUGUGUAUCUGCCUGGGGGUUGACACUCCCUCCCCCCCACUCCUCCACCAACACCACCAACACCACCGCUGGCUCCUUCACCGCUGGCUCCUCAGUCCGAGCAGAGCUGCUCCACUGCAUCUUUAAUAGACGUCUCUCAAAGCAUUGCCUUCCAUGGUUUCUGCCCUGCUCCAGACCCUAUCAUCUUACAUCGUGAAGAUUUGCAAAGGAAUGUUUACAAAGAAAUUGGCGAAUCCCACAAAGAAGAAAGAGAGUAGCGACAAUAAAGAGCCCAAAUUGACCACCACUGAUUUGCGUGACCAAGAUAACCUGACGCCAACACUCUCCACCACUCUGAAAACCACAGUGAAAAAAAUCAGCAAAUGCUCUUCGGCACGUAACAUCUCUAUUGAAUUAGACGACGGAAAGAACGACUGCUCCUCUCUCUCACCGACUUUCAGUUACCGUGUAGCGAUAGCGAACGGACUCCCGAAAAAUGCUCUUCUGCUGAACAAUAAUGAGAGUAUCUUCCAGGAGAUCCUCUCCAUCAAUAGCGAAUACUCUGACUCCCUGAGCGAGGUCAAACCUGUGCGUAGAUUCGAUGAGCAGAAAUCUCACACCAUGCCAGUGAGACGGAACAGGAAGAGCCUCAUUAGUCUGGCGCCCUCCGAUGGCAGCUCAGAGGGUGAGAGGGUGGAGCGCUCAAGUCUGCACACUCUCCGACUUGGAGCGCUACGCAAGCUGAGGAAAUGGAAAAAGAGUCAGGAGUGCGUGUCUUCGGACUCCGAGGUGAGCAACUGGAGGAAGACCCUGGGUAUCCGGAGCAAGUCCCUGGACCGGGCUGGGCGGCAGCAGAAGUCGACCUCUGCCUUAGAAGCCGGCUCCAGCUCUACAGGCUGCAUCAACCAAACCCAGGAUGUGAUGGAAAUGAUCUUUAAGGAGCUGCAGGGCAUCAGCCAGAUUGAGACAGAGCUUUCAGAGCUCAGGGGACACGUCAAUGCCCUGAAGAACUCCAUCGACGAGAUCUCCUCCAGUGUGGAGGUGGUGCAGACCGAGAUCGAACAACUGCGUACUGGCUUUGUCCAGUCCAGGAGAGAGACGCGAGACAUCCACGACUACAUCAAGCAGGUCAGCCACCAGGCCAACAAGGCCAGCCUGAGGUUCAUAAACGUCCCUGAGGAGAAGCUGGAGAAAACUGAGAGUCUCAUCUAUCACAUUCUAAUGGACAAAAUGGGAUUUGCUGAAGCACAUAAAACACUUAAAAUAGAGCUAGCCCAUCGGUUAGGGCAACAAAGAGAAUGUUCCAAUGCAAAACCUAGGCCUAUUAUUGUAAUAUUCUCGACCCCCUCAGAUAGAGAUUUAGUUUUGAAAAAAUGCUACAAACUGAAGGGGACUGGUAUAUCUGUAUCCACUGAUAGCUUAACGACUCAUGAUGUGAAGGAAAAGAAAGAUAAAGGAGAAAUGUCCUCUUCUCAAACCUACGAGAGCAUGGACAUUAAGGUCUCAGCCAAGGACAAAGCUGAGAGUGAUGACUGGGACUCUAUGGACAGUGACAAGGAGCUAGACGAACUAAACAAGAACAAAUAUGCAAUGGUGGUGUCUAAGCCUGUUCACAAACAUAAAGCAGAUAAAAAGAGGCACGGUCACCAUGAGCACGGUAGCCGGUCUGCGGAUGAGGCAGGCUACUCUGCCUCAGUUCACUACGCUGAUGACUCCUAUGAUGAGUCUGACAAAGCCUCCAAGCCCUACUAUGGUGACCUCACCCCCGGCUGGCUUUCUCAGAGCGACUACUCCACCCCCAAGCUCAGCCGCUCCGAGUCUGACUGCUCCAAGCUCUGCCAGUCCUACUCUGAAGACUUCUCAGAGAGCCAGUACUUCAGCCGGCCCAAUGGCAGCUCUCUACUAUCCUCCUCAGACCAGGAGCUGUGGCAGAGGAAGCAGGAGGACAUGGCAUCAUCGUGGUACGCCAGCCAGACCCUCAGCCAGGAGAACCCUCCGUACACCGAACCCAACGAGGCCGAGACCACAGAGACCAUUGACAGUGGGGUGAGCAAUGGGCUGGUCUGCAUGUCUGGGGAUAGGAGCCAUUACAGCGGCUCACAGCUGUCUCUGCAGGGAGACCUCUCCCCAUGGAAGGACUGGCCUCACCUGGAGCAGGGAGCAGACUCCGGGCUGAACGCUUCCACAGAGCAGAACCUGGUGUCUGAGGUCAGCAGCCCCUUUGACCCAGCUGCCAUCCCUGGCUUCCCUGAGAACAUCACCAAAUGUCAGGAGGUGGACCUGGCAUUUGAAGGAGAGGAGACUUUCAUGUUGGAUAUGGUGGAAAGCACCCUGUUGGACACUGCCCCCCUGGAGAUCACCAAACAGGAGAGUGCCCGGCUGGGUAGUGCUCCCCCCACUACUCUUUAUACAGCCCCUAUCGUGGCGAAAGAACCUGUUGUAACACCACCUGUCCAUAAGCCUAAAGCUAAAGAGACUGCUAAAACACUUCCUAAAGAAACUUCUAAAGCAGCUCCUAAAGCUAAAACACCUCCUAAAGAGUUAGCUAAAACUGUUCCUAAAGAGGUUGCUAAAGCUAUUCCUAAAGAGAUUGCUAAAACUAUUCCUAUAGAGGUUGCUAAAAUGAUUCCUACAGAGGUUGCCAAAACACCUAAAGAGGUUGCUAAAACUAUUCCUAAAGAGGUUGCUAAAAUUAUUCCUAAAGAGGUUGCCAAAACACCUAAAGAGGUUGCUAAAACUAUUCCUAAAGAGGUUGCUAAACCUAUUCCUAAAGAGGUUGCUAAAACUAUUCCUAAAGAAGUUUCUAACACUAUUUAUAAAGUGACUUCUAAACCGGCAAAAGAGGUUGCUAAAUCAAUUGCUGAAGAGGCUGCUAAAACUAUUAAACUAAGAGAAACAGCCAAAAUGAUUCCUAAAGAGAAUGUUAAAACACCUCCUAAAGAAAUUGUUAAAGCUAUUCAUACAGAGGCUCCUAAAACACCUCUGAAAGACCCUCCCAAAACAAGUCCAAAAGACACUCCCAAAACAAGUCCAAAAGAGACUGUGAAAAUACUUCCCAAAGACACUCCUAAAACAAGUCCAAAAGAGGCUGUGAAAACACCUCCCAAAGACACUUCUAAAACUCGUCCAAAAGAGACACCUAAAAUGGUUCCUAAAGGGGCAUCUAACACACUUCCUAAAAUGGCAGCUAAAGAAGCCCCUGAACUAUCCACCCAAACAUUCCCUGAGCUUGAUGUCAAACACAGCUUCCAACCGAGCCAGACCAAGUCAUCCACCAUGUACCGUAGCCAGAGCGAGAUCCGGUCCGAGAAUGUUGUAGAGGAGGUGCCCAAGUCCUGGAGCAGCCGUCUCAGUAUCGACCUCACCGACAAAGCUCCGUCCUUUAGCUUUGGGUUCGGCUCCACCCUAAAGAAGGCAAAAUCAGCUCUGGAGGUGGUGUGGAAGUCAGGCCCUCCACCUAGUGCCACUCCCCCGGAGCCACCCCCAGACUCAGGCUCCUUCAUGGGCCGCUUCCGCACACUGUCCACAUCCACGGCCAACGACUCCAGCACCACCAUUGACUCAGACGUCUACACAGAUUCCUUAGUCUACAAGGCUGAAGAUGAAGAUGAGGCUGCCGCUGGUGACCAGCUGGAGGACAACGAGACCGCCUAUGUCGGGGUGAUGGAGCAAGUCCUGGCCAACCUGGAGAACCGGUCCAACGCCAACGACACAGAAGAGACAGAGGAGUUUGAGGAGCCCAUACUGGAUUAUGAUCCUGAUGCCUCUCAGGAUUAUGUCUCUGAAGACUAUGAGGCUACCACCCAGGAUUACGAGGACUCUGAUGAAGUUGAGGCCACCCAGGAGGCUGCAGUCGUUCUGGAGUAUGACUGUAGUCUGGACGAGCAGUACAACGAGGAGUACAGUGAGGAUUACGUUGAUGAUGUCAUGACGGGGGACACGGCAGAGGACACAGCAGAGUAUGAGGCCAUGGUGGAGUAUGUCGAGGUGGAGGAGCCUGACGAGGAGGAAGAAGAGGAGGAGGAGGAGGAAGAGGAGUUAAUGGAGGACAUGGAAGAGGGGGAUGAGAUGGAGGAGGCCUCCGAAGCGUCUGCGUCGGAGAGGACGGAAAACCUAGAGGAUGAGAACAAAAACAUUCCGGAGAAGGAGGAGAUGCCUGCAGAGGCUCCGCCCAAAAAGCGAAUCCGUCCCACGUUUAAGGAGGCUGCGCUGAGGGCCUACAGGAAGCAGAUGGAUGAGCUUCAGCAGCAGAUCCUGGCUGGAGAAAAACCUCCACCACACAACAAGCCUCUCAAUGUGCUGGAUCCCAAAGUACUGGGCCUACAGGCUGUCGGAGGAGCUGGCUGCAUUCUUUAUGGCAUUGACAGCAUGCCAGAUUUACGCCGCAAGAGGACCUUACCUAUUGUCCGAGACCUGGCUAUGACUCUCGCUGCUCGAAAGGCAGGCAUCUCGUUCGCCCUGGUGACUAGAUCGACCCUGAACAAUGAGGACCUGAAACUGCAUGUGUUUAGGAAGACGUUGCAGGCGUUGAUCUAUCCCAUCUCGUCUACGACGCCUCAUAACUUUGAGGUGUGGACGGCCACCGCCCCAACCUACUGCCACGAGUGUGAGGGCCUGCUGUGGGGCAUCGCCAGGCAGGGUAUGCGCUGCUCUGAGUGUGGUGUCAAAUGCCACGAGAAGUGUCAGGAUCUACUCAACGCCGACUGUCUACAGAGGGCGGUGGAGAAGAGUUCUAAGCAUGGCGCUGAGGACAAGACCCUGAACAUCAUCAUGGCCAUGAAGGAGAGGAUGAAGAUCAGGGAGAAGAACCGUCCUGAGGUGUUUGAGGUCAUCCAGGAGAUGUUUGGGAUCUCUAAAGAGGACUUCACUGGACACCUGAAGACCGCCAAGCAAGCAGUGCUGGAGGGAACAUCCAAGUGGUCCGCCAAGAUCAACAUCACAGUGAUGUGUGCCCAGGGUCUGCAGGCCAAGGAUAAGACAGGUUCCAGUGACCCCUAUGUGACUGUCCAGGUAGGGAAGACCAAACGGCGUACCAAGACCAUCUUUGGGAACCUCAACCCUGUCUGGGACGAGAAGUUCUUCUUUGAGUGUCACAACGCUACAGACCGGAUCAAGGUGCGUGUGUGGGAUGAGGAUGAUGACAUCAAGUCUCGCAUGAAACAACACUUCAAACGAGAGUCGGACGACUUCCUGGGUCAGACCAUCAUCGAGGUCCGCAUGCUCAGCGGGGAGAUGGAUGUGUGGUACAACCUGGAUAAGAGAACUGAUAAGUCGAUGGUGUCGGGAGCCAUCAGAUUGAAGCUCAACGUGGAGAUGAAGGGAGAGGAGAAAGUAGCUCCGCCCCACGGCCAGUACACCUGUUUACAUGAGAACCUGUUCCACCACCUGACGGAGGUAAAGAACAGUGGAGCGGUGAAGAUCCCAGAGGUGAAAGGAGAGGAGGCGUGGAAGGUCUACUAUGACGACGUGUCCCAGGAGAUAGUAGACGAGUUCGCCAUGAGAUACGGAGUAGAGUCCAUCUACCAGGCCAUGACGCAUUUCUCCUGUCUGUCCUCUAAGUACAUGUGUCCAGGGGUCCCAGCGGUGAUGAGUAACCUGCUAGCCAACAUCAACGCCUACUUUGCCCACACCACCACUGUCUCAACCAACAUCUCUGCCUCCGACCGCUUCGCUGCAUCCAACUUUGGGAGAGAGAAAUUUGUCAAACUUCUAGAUCAGCUGCACAACUCUCUGAGGAUUGAUCUAUCCAAGUAUCGGGAUAAUUUCCCAGCUGGUAACCCAGAGCGUCUCCAGGACCUGAAGUCUACUGUGGACCUUCUCACCAGCAUCACCUUCUUCAGGAUGAAGGUACAGGAGCUACAGAGUCCUCCCAGAGCCAGUAUGGUGGUGAAGGACUGUGUCAGAGCCUGUCUGGACUCAACAUACAAAUACAUCUUUGACAACUGUCAUGAACUCUACAACCAGCUACUAGACCAGGCCCGUAAGCAGAAUCUUCCCCGGGAGGAGCAGGGUCCGUCUAUAAAGAACCUGGACUUCUGGCCCAAGCUCAUCACUCUCAUGGUGUCUGUGAUCGACGAGGACCGCACCGGCUACACCCCUGUCAUCAACCAAUUUCCCCAAGAGCUGAAUAUGGGGAAGGUCAGCGCUGAGUUCAUAUGGAACCUGUUUGCCCUGGACAUGAAAUACGCCAUGGAAGAGCACGAUAAGCACCGUCUAUGCAAGAGCACAGAGUACAUGAACCUUCACUUUAAAGUCAAGUGGUUCCACAACGAGUACGUCCGUGAACUGGCUGCCUUCAAGGACACACCCCCUGAGUAUUCUCUGUGGUUCGAGCCGUUUGUCAUUCAGUGGCUGUCUGAGAAUGAGGAUGUUGCCAUGGACUUCCUACACGGAGCUCUGGGGAGCGACAAGAAGCUUGGCUUCCAGCCAACGUCAGAACAUGUCCUGUUCUCCUGUUCGGUGGUGGAUGUGUUCACUCAGCUCAACCAGAGUUUUGAGAUCAUUAAGAAGCUGGAGUGCCCCAACCCACAGGCCCUGGCUCACUUCAUGUGCCGCUUUGCUAAGACCAUCAACAAAGUUCUGUUGCAGUAUGCUGCAAUCAUAACCAAGGAUUUUGGCUUGUAUCUGAACCAGGAGAAAGUGCCCUGCAUCCUCAUCAACAACAUCCAGCAGCUCAGAGUUCAGCUGGAGAAGAUGUUUGAGUCCAUGGGAGGCAAACAGGAGGAGGGGGCUGUGUCCUUUUGCAAGCUGGAUGCUGAGGCCAGUGAACUACUGAAGGAACUGCAGAACAAACUCAACACCGUGCUGGAUGAGCUCAGUGCAGUCUUCGGCUCCAGUUUCAAACCGGUAAUUGAGGACUGUGUAAAGCAGAUGAACCAGGAAUUAGUCCAGAUGAAGGGGAGUGCUGCAGGGAAGAGCAACGCUGCCAUGGAUGCUGAGACUGUCCUCAGACCACUCAUGGACCUCCUGGAUAAAAAUUUGAUUUUAUUUGCAAAGAUCUGUGAGAAGACGGUGUUGAAACGAGUCCUGAAGGAACUGUGGAAGAUCGUCCUCAUCACUAUUGAGAGAAUGAUAGUCUUACCACCUCUCAAUGACCAGAAUCAAGGAGCCCAGAUGAUUUUCAGUGCUGCCAAGGACCUGGGACAGCUAUCCAAACUCAAGGACCAUGUGAUCAGAGAGGAAGCACGUAGCCUGACACCAAGACAGUGUUUAGCCAUGGACCUUGUCCUUCCCACCAUCAAGCAAUAUUUCCACGCCGGAGGAAACGGUCUGAAGAAGACGUUCCUUGAGAAGAGCCCUGACCUCAAGUCCCUCAAAUACGCUCUGAGCCUUUACACACAGCCUACUGAUGCCUUGAUCAAGAAGUAUAUAUGCACCCAAACCUCUCAAGGUCAGUCUACCGACAGCUCCGUGGGGGAGGUGUCCAUGCAGGUGGAUCUCAUCUCUCACCCUGGCACUGGAGAGCACAAAGUCAACGUGAAGGUGGUGGGGGUCAACAACCUAAACUGGCAGACCAAUGCCAUGUUCCGACCGUUCGUGGAGGUGAAUGCGGUCGGGCCGCACCUCGCCGACAAGAAACGCAAGUUCACCACCAAGACCAAGAACAACAAUUGGUCACCAAAGUACAACGAAACAUUCCAAUAUGUUCUGAGCAAUGAGUACGGUCCAGAGUGCUACGAGCUGCACGUCUCAGUGAAGGACUACUGCUUCGCCAGAGAGGACCGUAUCAUCGGCAUGGCGGUACUCCAGCUCAGAGACCUGGCCGAACAGGGAAGCUGCUGUGCCUGCUACCCCCUGGUGAAGAGCAUCUCCAUGGACGACACCGGACUCACCAUCAUGAGGAUACUCUCUCAAAGGACCAACGACGAAGUGGCCAAAGAGUUUUGUCGUCUCAAGACCGACGUACGCUCUUCAGAGGAGGUGGCCUCCUAGUAUGGAGAUGUGAGGGAGGAAGGGAUGGAAUGAAUGGAUGAUUGCAUGGAAGGGAAAAGAGGAGGGGAAGAGUGGGAGGGAGGCACGGGGAAGGAAGGAAGGCAGUUGAGGAGUUGUGUUGUCUGUUUUUGUGCAUGUGCGUAAAACAUCUGUUGGAAUGUUCAUUUUAAACUACAGUAUGUACCAGUGUUUACUUACCGUAUGCUCAAUAUUAAGUACUAUAUUCUACAAGUUAUGUUAACGAGACAUGAAAUACCUUUUUGUAAAACAUUUAGAUUUGUUCUGAUAAAGUGCCAAACAAGAGGAAAAAUAGUACAACAACAAAACAAACAACAAAAGAUAAUAGUGAUGAAUUAUGGUGAUACUUAAUGUUUGAUGAAAAAUUUGCUUGAUUAUUUGGUUCAGUGUAAAAUUCUUCUCUCAAAAAAACCGGUGGCGUUUUAAUCGUUAGAAAUCGUUCAUUUGCACCCUCGUUUUGUUACUCGUCCCCUCACACAGCACUUGUUGUGCAUGUCCCGUUUACAACCAUGUCUCUUCCACCAUCUCACAGUGACCACAGGGUCGGGGUCCAUGUACCCUGGCCCUAAAACUCUUUGUAUUUAAGCCGAAACCUGAAAAGAGACCAUUUUUUUACGGCGAUGACUGCUAUGUAAACCUUCAUAGGUGUUUGUAAUUUUAUAACCAUGACAACAACGAAAAGCCUCCAGUGCUGUCAGUCUACACAGAAAGGGUGGAUCCUAUUUUCUCUUUUUCUUUUUGCCUGUAAUCUUUCCGUUCGGCCAUCGGCUUCCAGCCUUUCUGUACGACCACUGUGAACACGAGCUUUGGAAGGCAAGCCUAGAUAACAUUGCUGACGGUUUGAUAUUGUUGUUUCAUAUUUAUUAAAAUAACUUUGUUCCUGAGAAACUGCCAAAGUUAUAUAAAAAUGUUUGUACAAAAGCAAUCCAUUACAUGUAUGAAAAAUAAUUAUGUACAUGUGAACUAUUUACUUUUACAAUGCUAAAUAUCUGAUUGUUGAUGAGCGGUUCUAGAACUAUUUUUUUGAGUUUGUGUGAAGCUUUGAGAGUCACAAAAUGUUACUUUACACAUGAGUUGAAUUCAGCUUCUGCCAUUUGGUUUAUUUUUCUUCAUAAAGGGAAGAGUCUAACAUUGGGUAAAUAUGCAACAUUCCUAUGUAUUGCACUGAUGGCGAAUUGUAUGUCAUGUAAAUAUAUUUAGUGAGAAAUUGU